AUGGAGAGUCCAACUCCGAACUGCGACAGAGCCGGGCAAGAAGAAAACCCUAAUUUCAAGGCGAUUGUGGAUGCUGUGAGCAAAUUUCAGACAGAAGAGAAUGUUCAUCGAAAUAUUGAGGAAUGUGUCGUUCUGUCACGCCUGCUACCAGCGAAGAAAGUGGGCCGCUUCCAGUAUUUCGGGUCGCUCACAACGCCACCCUGCUCGGAAGUUGUCACCUGGAUAGUCUUGAGAAAGCCAGUCACCGUCAGCGAAUCUCAGAUGGACGUUUUUCGCAGAGUGCAGGCUCGUGGCCAUGACAAUGGUACGACACACCACCUGGUAAACAAUUACCGGUCACCGAUGCCCCUGAACGGCCGAUAUGUCCUGAGGAACUUCCUUUGUCCGCCAUUGCAGAAAGGACAAACCAAGAUGCACGCACCCGCGAGAACACCAGAUUCAGUCGAGGGUCAAGAGUAAUGUGUAGCGUUGUAAAAGGUAGGGGUGCGAUCGCGUAGCUUUUACAAACUACCACUUCCCCUUUGCCAGUGCUCGUGCAAUCAGCAAUAAAAUAUUGAAGAUUCCUUUUUUUUGUUUUUUCUAAAAAUGCGGUUAUGGAGAAGAAAGUUGUUCACUUUUGUUGCACGA